AUGAGGACGAAUUAUGGAAUUUUAGCUUUUUUCCUCCUUAUCGUUUGCGUUUAUUCCGAAAUAUACACAUCGAUACAAAGAUUGACAGCUUUAGCAGAAAUAGAAAGUAAACUGUUCGAGAAUUUUGAGACUUUUAUUCAAAGAGCUGAGGCCACAGAAGUGACGCUUCCUAAAAAUGUCACCAGAUUUUACAAUGAAAGAAAGAAAGAUUUACGCCUUGACGAUUGUCUGAACAUGGCUCAUCCUAUCCGGGCCUUCUAUCUAGUGUACAGGGUCUAUAACGACUGGGGGGAGGUAAUGAGUUCCCUCAACAACAAUCAAACGAUCAGCACUCAGAGCAUCGUGGCAGAUUUCAGAAGUCUUUAUCAAUCAGCUGUAUCAAAAUUGGGAUUUUGGCCUGUCCAAAAUGACAUUAGCGGUUUAGCUGACAAUGUUCUGCGGUUGUGGUAUACCUAUGACCUUCAAGUGAAGGAUAUUCUGAGAGGAGAGGUGGCAUCUGCUGGAACCAGACCAAUGAGAGAGGCUGAAAUCGAGGCUCUGUCAAACACCGCAGGAUUAGUGCGGAUGUACUACCACCAAAUGAGGUUGCUGCUCGAGCUUUAUGAUAGAGCUGAGAAUGAAAAGGAUAGAUCCAGGCUGCGAACACAAAUAUCCAAAACUUAUUCUGAGACUAAAAGAGAGGAGUCUAAGCUGCGAUGUUUUCUAAGAGAGACACCCGUCCCAUUUUACUUUUCUAAAGAAGAAGUUGUGAAUGUGGAGCCACGGGUUUCUCUGUUCCAUGAUGUCAUUUCCGAAGACGAUAUUCUCUAUCUUAAAAGAGAGGCUACUAAAAAGUUGAGUCAGUCAUUGACAUCAGAUGGUGUGAAUCGGAUCCGAGUCAGUCAAACUGGCUGGGUGCGCGAUCCUGCUCAUCCUAAAAUCUCCAGACGCCUCAGCAGACGGAUAUCUAACACUGUGGAUCUGGAUGCUUUCUUUAGAAACAGAGCGUCCCCUGUAGAGGAAUGGCAGGUGUUAAGCUACACAACAGGUGGACAUUACGGAGAACACAAAGACCCUGUCGGUACUGAGGAAUUUCUUUGGGAAAUGACAGAAGAAAAGCAGAAACAGAAAACAUAUUAUUUGAGAUAUCAAGGACAAAGGAUUGCAACUUGGAUGUUCUAUCUCAAUGAUGUGCAAGCGGGAGGAGCAACGGUUUUCCCUCAACUGAAAGCCCGUGUCCCAGUGGUUAAAGGGGGUGCAGCAUUUUGGUACAACCUAAAACCUAAUGGUCAAGUAGACGAACGGAUGUCUCAUGGUGGUUGUCCAGUAAUUCUUGGGUCCAAAUGGGUUUGUAAUAAAUGGAUUCGUCAAAGUGGACAGGUAUUAAAGCGUCUAUGUGGACAAACAUACGAAUCGGAGGACUUUUAUCCAGAAAAAUAUGUAUAAUCCAUCAUUUAUAUCUUAUCUACAUUGUAGACCAGAUAUUGUAAAUUAACCUGUGAUUCAUGAUUUAUUUAUUAAAUUAUUUUUAUUUU